GUCUUCCUCCAUCUUUCUUUUUGUCAAACUCUCGGUGAACUAAACACGCGGUGCGAAAGCACGAAUAAAAAUAUCGAAAAAUGGGUCGUAUGCACGCUCCUGGUAAGGGUAUUUCCAAAUCCGCGCUACCGUACCGUCGUUCCGUGCCGUCGUGGCUCAAGUUGAGCGCCGAGGAUGUGAAGGAGCAGAUCAAGAAGCUCGGCAAGAAGGGCAUGACUCCGUCGCAGAUCGGCAUCAUCCUCCGGGACUCGCACGGUGUCGCCCAAGUGCGCUUCGUCAAUGGCAACAAGGUGCUGCGUAUCAUGAAAGCCGUUGGCCUGAAGCCCGACAUUCCGGAGGAUCUGUACUUCCUGAUCAAGAAGGCCGUGUCGAUCCGCAAGCACUUGGAGCGUAACCGCAAGGACAUCGACAGCAAGUUCCGUCUGAUUCUGAUCGAGUCCCGCAUCCACCGUCUGGCCCGGUACUACAAGAUCAAGGCAGUCCUGCCGCCGAACUGGAAGUACGAAUCGAGCACUGCCUCGGCUCUGGUUGCCUAAGCGCAGCAAGAGGAGCGAAAGGAGUUAAACCGCGAGGAAGGGAGACCGACAGACCGGAAAGUGAAAAGAAGGAUCGUAUGCCUAACAAUGGUCUGACGAUGUUCAACUUCAAACGUGGGAUGUUGAGAAUUU